AUGCGUGUGAAAAAAAAAAUCUUGGGGGGGGGACCCCGUAGGACCCCAGCAAACUGCGCCAAGUGGUCACCUGCGCUACGGGACGAGGUCAACGCCAUCGACAAUGCCUCCGCCGACGAUCUACCAACAGUCGCAUGUCUUGCGGUCGGUGCGGCUGUAGUUAUCCACAAGAGCCCCCAAUUCGUCUUGCUGGGUGUGUGCAACAACUCCGACGGCGUCAUCGACAGCAUAGAGCUCGACCAGCGUGAAGAGUAUCACGUGCAUAGCAACCCGGGGCACUCUGUUGUAUACCUGCGUUACACCCCCGUCAGGCUCGACGGUUUGCCGCGCGGGGUCGUCGCCUUUGCUCCGGUGGAGAAACCCUUCUCGGUCGUCGGCGUCGGCAAGAGAAAGUUUACCAUCCAACGGCGACAACUGCUGCCUACCGCCGGAUCCGUUUACGUAGCUCUAUCCCGAGUCGCGUGUCUUGAAGACCUGUACCUCCUGUUCCCGGCAACGUUGGAGGACCCCAACAAACCACGAAACAAGGAUGUCGUCGCCCUCACCGACUAUCUCCAGCGGCUCGAAAAAGCGACCCUUGCAGAUUUCCUCCAAGACCCCACACGCUUCACGCCGGCCUCAGCCUCACUGGCUCAUCUUCCCGACGUAGGACCACGGCCGAUGGCCAAGCAACAGCAGGUGAAAGGGGCUAACCGCCAUGGACAUGGAGCCACUCGCAGGACGGCAUAUUAA